AUGGCGCCCAAGGAGCCUUUCAAGGUGCACUCGCUUAGCAAGCACGUCGAAGAUACCAAGAAGGGCCUCAGCGCCUCAGCACAGUACAAUCGGCGGCCUGUCUCCAAGCCGGCUGCAGCAGUCGUCAAGAAUGAGCCUGGCGUCGCCCUUUUCGGAAACAACAAUGACAGCGACGAGUCUAGCGACAGCAGCGACAGCGAAAGUGACAGCGAUGAGGAUAAUGGCGCCGACUUCCUGAAGAAGCUCGGUGCCAAUGGCGCAAAGCCUUCGACAACUCCCAAGCGGCGCAGCAGGGACGAGGAGAUCGCCGAUAGCGACGUCGAGCGCAACGCUUCUGCCAAACGUAACGCUGCUGCUAAGAAAGAGCAACUUGUGAAGAAGGAAUCGUCUUCUUCUGAAUCCUCCAGCGAAUCCUCCAGCGAAUCCGAGUCGGAGAAAACCGAGCCCAAGGCGAAGACAAACGGAGCUGGCGCCAAACAAGCUGCGGCCGUUCAGGAAUCGUCAAGCAGCAGCUCCGAGGAAGAAAGCGAGGAGGAAGAAGAGGAAGAGGAAGAAGAGUCUAGCGAAGAGGAGGAGGAAGCCCCCAAGCCUACCCCCAAGCCUAUAUCAAAGACACCUGCCGCACCUGCCGCUGCAAAUGGCACCCCCAAGACACCCGCCGCCGCACCUGCCAAGGCUUCUGAAUCGAGCAGUUCUAGCGAAGAAGAAUCAAGCGAAGAAGAAUCAAGCGAGGAGGAGGACGAAGAAGAAAAAGAAGAAGAGCCUGCAAAACCCGAGGUUUCAAAGAAGGCUGCCGAGGAAUCUUCUUCCGACUCGGAGGAUAGUGAGGCUGAAGUUGACGAGUCUAUGCAUAUUUCAGAUCGCGAGAUGGGCGCCCAGGUCGGAACGCCGAAUUUCAUCGCUCCCGAUUUCGCACUCCGCAAGGGAAACGACGGAGCCAACGGCCAGGAUGUGGCUCGGAUCUGCAACGAAGCAAAUUUGCAGGGCAAGCAGUUCUGGUACUUUACGGUUCCUUCCAACGUCCCCAUCUCUGUUAUUGAGAACAUAGAGAUCCCCAUGGACCGAUCGCAGGUUGGAAGCCGGGUCUUUUCACAUGAUGGCCAGGACUAUGGCGUCUCCUUUGACACGAUUGCGACCAAGAGCUCGAUCCAGAUUUUGAUUCCCUCCGCCAGUGAUUCAAAAUAUCAACCAGCCCGCAAGCAAAUUGAUCAGACAAUGCACAUCAAGAGAAUUGCCAACCUCGGAGGUACCGCCGCUUCUUCUGUCGGCCCCGCGCCUCGUCGUGCCCCUCGACCGCAACCAAAGGGCCUCAAGGCUAGGUACCAGCCAUUUGGCGUGAAUACCCCGAUGGGUAACAUCGGAGCAGAUACAGCUGGAGAUGAGGAUGUUGAAAUGGCAGAAGCACCUGCGGCAGUAGCCACUCCUAAGUCUACCAAGAAGGAGAAGAAGGGCAAGAAGGAAGAUGCUAAAAAGAAGGACACUGAUGUUGCUACCCCUGGCAAUGCUGUGGAUGCAAAGUCUUCCAAAACCGAUCGCAAGGGCAAGAGAAAGCACACCGCCUCAGAAGACGAUGCCGUCACUGCUGAGGAGCAACUCAGAGAAGAAAUUCAAUCUGCAGAGACGAAGAGCAAGAAACAGAAGACGGCCAGGGCUAGCAGUCCUGAUCUCGGAGCAGAGCUGCCUUCAGCCGCCAGAAAGGAGACUCCCAUUGCACCACCGUCUAUUCCAUCAUCGGCAUUUUCAUCAUCGGCUACGGCUAUUGCCACUCCCUCCAAGGUUGUAGCUGCUACUCCUAGCGCGGCCAAGAAGUCGACCAAAAAGACGAAGCCCGAGACUCCUGUGCCCACGCCGCGACAAACAGCAGUUCCGCUGCCCAACAUUCCCUUGACUUCCCGACCAAAGGAAUCGCCAGUGCCUCUCCCGUCUGCACUCUUCACCACACCGGUGCAGUCUAAAAGUAAGAAGAGCAAGAAGAGCAAAGAUGAGGUCAACCCCACUGGGUCCUCGCAACAGAGCCCACCACCAAGCGCUCAAGGGGGAGACAAGAAAAAAUCCACGAUCAAAGCCAAGGGAUCG